AGUCCAAGAAAGCAAUAACAAGUUAACAACAAAUGCAACACCAAAGCAUUUAAAAUUCAAAGAUAAGGCUAAUUAAACUGGAUUAAUUAUGUUGUUUUCUAGCCCUAAGGGAUUCUUAUUCCCCUCUUCCAAGGGCUUAAAUCCAAAUUAUAAAGCAUCCAAAGCUCCUUUUUAUAUACUUUUGCUAUAUUCUUUCUCCUCCUCUUCCCUUGUUCUUCUGCUGUGACAUCUUCUUGUUUUGACAAUGAAAGAUUGGGCAGCUCCGCUGAUAGCAUCCGCGCUGUUUGCGUUUCUGUCGCCGGGAUUGGUGUUUCAGAUGCCGGGAAAGGAACGUCCCUUGGAAUUCAUGAACAUGAAAACGAACAUCGCGUCGAUGUUCUUGCACGCCGUGAUCUAUGGUUUGCUCCUCAUUCUGUUUCUUAUUAUUCUUGACAUUCACAUCUAUGCUUAGGAUCCAAGAAAUGUUGUGGUUUGGCAUACCAGCUGAAAGGAGGAGUUAAUUCUGUUGUUUUACUUGCUUUUAUUAACUACUUACUAGUUACCUUCCUGGCUUCUGCUUUGUGCAAAUAAGAAAUUAUAGCAAUCUUUUAUA